AUGGCCAAAACCAUACGCAAUGCCAAGCGUCAUAUUCGACGAGAAACUACCUUAACUAACAGAGAGAUCCUCGAUGAACUAAUUCCGCAUGAUGGCUCUGAGGAAGAUUACCGUAGACAGCAGCUGCAAUACUAUGCUACUCUCGCUCGCAAUACUGAGCUGGGCAACGAAGAAGAUGUAACGAGCAGUCUUACUGAUGGUUCUUCAUCUCCAGAUCUGUGCUCCUGGUUUGAGAUCCUGAAAAGCGAUGGUCAGGACUUGCUCAUGCUCGCGCCUCUGCGGCAAUUAUUGGCGACUGCUCUGAAAGAAUUGCAGCGUGAUGCCUCUCUAUGGGAGAGUUUCAUCGCUUGGAUAGAGUUACCACGAGAUAGUCAAGGCCUGCAAGUGGAGUUCCUGGAUAAAAUGAGGGAUUCCAUCCAGUCGGCAGGCAAUAGGCUGAGAAAUAGCUGGGCAACUCUUCUCGAUAGCAGUACAGAGCCAGCACCGUCUUCUCCUCUCUGCGUUGAUUUACUACACAGUCUAAUGACUUCUACUACUAGACCGACGGAGAAGGAAGAUCUUCUGAUUUGCGAUGAGAUCUCUCGAGGUUGUAAUAUUGGUAUAAGGAAGCCCAUAAAGGCUUCCGGUCUCUGGCCCUCUGAUAAAGGUCCCAAAUAUACCGGUUAUGAGCUUGCUUUGUGGGCCGCUGACUCAUGGAAGAAUUACAAGUCCUGUGAAGAAGCCAUUGAUAGAGUCCAGCAAAGUCUGGAUAAGGAGGUCUCCCUCGGACAUAUGACAACUCUUCCAGAAAUAGCUGAAGAUUCCGUUUGCACCAAGAUUGCCUGUGUUGUGAAACCAUCUGGUGUUAACGAACAAGUUCGUUGUGAAGAGACUAUCUGUCUUCCAGGACUACGUUCUGCGGCAUAUUUGGUACAGCAUUUGAGCGAGACCACUAGUCCGAAGGACCCUUUGUUCUCCGCUUCUGUGGUGUCGGCUAUUUGGUAG